AUGAACAACACGCUCUUCGUUCCUCCAUCUCCUCGGGUUGCCUUUGUCACCGGUGCCAAUGGAAUCACGGGCCAUGCGAUCAUUGAGCAUUUGAUUCGUACACCCCAACAUGAGUGGUCCCAAAUCAUUAUCACGUCGCGCAAGCCUCCUUCUACCCACUGGGUUGAUCCUCGCGUCAAGUUCAUUGCACUUGACUUUCUUGAGCCCACAGAGGCGAUCGUGAGCAACAUCGACGUCUGCAAGGAUGUUACUCAUGCAUUUUUCACCUCGUAUGUCCAUGACAGUGAGCUCAGCAAACUUCCGGAGAAGAAUUGCCCGCUGUUCCGCAACUUCUUGGAGGCUAUUGAUUUGGCUUGUCCGAACCUGCAACGCGUGGUUCUUCAGACGGGCGGCAAGCACUAUGGCAUACAAUUUCAGGGGUUCAGCACCCCCUGUUAUGAAAGCCUCCCACGCUAUGAUGGCCCGGGUAAAGAAACGCUGUUCUAUUACGAACAAGAGGACAGUUUGUUUGCCAUCCAGAAGCGGCGUAAGACUUGGCACUAUAAUAUCAUUCGGCCCUUCGGCAUUGUCGGGUUCACACCGCAGUUCCUGGGUAUGAAUGAAGCCCUGCCUAUCGCGCAGUACUUCCUCAUUUGCCACGAACUGGGCGAGAGCCCAAAAUGGCCAGGGAACUUCAAUGGCUAUCACCAGGUUGAGGGCCAGUGCUACGCCCCCAGUAUUGCGGACAUGCACGUCUGGGCUGCGACGCAGGACAACUGCAGGGAUCAGGCAUUCAAUCACGGAAAUGGCGACGCUGUGGUUUGGAGGUUCCUCUGGGCGCUGUUUGGCGAAUACUUUGGCAAUCCUAUGGACCCAUCCGAGGCCCCGGCCGAGAAUGGGCCUCGUCAGCUGAGCCUGGUUGAAUGGGCUCAGGACAAACGGCCCGUGUGGAGGACCAUCGUGGCACGGUGUGGUGGCAACGUCGACUCGUUCCAGGAGCACGGUUUCGUCAUGCUGGACUGGCUCUUCUCCCCUCGCACCCCUGGUGCGGCAUUCAUGACCAGUGUGCAGAAGGCACGAAAGUUCGGCUGGAAUCGUAUCGAUGAUUCCUACGAGGCCUGGAUCAGCACUUUCCGCUCCUAUGAGAACGCCGGCAUUCUUCCCUCCCGAGACAGGUUUUGA